GGGCUGGAUGACGUCUGGCACUAACUUGCCUUAUCGAUAGCCCCUCUAACAUUUUCGAGUCGCGACUCACAGCUCAAAACACCUCAAAAUGGCGUUUCGCAAGCGCAACAUAGCACUGUCUCGCGCACCAACAGGAGAAGACGCGUUGAAUUCGCCCUCUUCUCCUGCAGUAGCUCAACCUGUGCCAACGCCCCCCGGCGUACGACCCUCACCCAUCGAUGGCCGCCCCACCACAUCCACCGGUACACCCUCGCUCGAUGGCAUUCUCGCAGGACAUGCUGGGCUAGCGCUGGGAAACUCGAUACUCAUAGGCGAGAGCGGGACGACCGACUAUGCCGGCGCAUUACUCAGGUUUUACGCAGCGGAAGGUGUGGUGCAGGGACACAAGGUGCAUGUCGUAGGCAUGGGUGAAGUGUGGGGUAGGGAAUUGCCUGGCAUAUCAGAAGACAAGUCGGACAAGAGGAAGGAGGGAAAGGAGCGAGCAGAGAAGAUGAAGAUCGCGUGGAGGUAUGAAGGCCUUGGACAAUUUGAGAGUGCUAGAGGCUCGCCCAAUGCGCAGAGAACAACGAACCAAGGCGACGCAGCAGAAGAGCAGACAAUCUUCUGCCAUACCUUUGAUCUGGCCAAACGUCUCACGCUUCCGGUAGGAACAGCAAUCAACUAUGUGCCGAUACCUCCACCGACAGGCGCUUCUGCCUCGCCCUUCCCUUCGAUUCUGCAGAACAUACGGCAGCAGCUCGAGUCAACACCACCACACACGGUACAUCGCGUUGUGAUACCUUCUCUUCUCUCGCCAGCGCUAUACCCUUCCUCGUCGGCCCAUCCAACCUACAUACUUCAGUUUCUCCAUGCUCUGCGCGCGCUCCUCCGGCAAUACCAAACGCGUCUGACCGCCGUUGUCACGCUUCCACUAACCCUGUAUCCAAGAUCCUCCGGGCUGGUCCGCUGGAUGGAGAUCCUCUCAGACGGUGUACUCGAAUUGUCUCCGUUUCCAUACUCGCGCAUGCAAGCACUUGCACAAUCGGCGGGCACCACAAAGGACGAGGAACGACCGCAGGGUAUGCUUGCCGUCCACAAAUUACCCGUGUUUCACGAAAAGGGCGGCGGUGGUGGAGCAGAAGACUUGGGCGAGGAUAUGGCGUUCACAUUGAGCAGACGGAAGUUUGUGAUUGCAAAGUUCAGCCUGCCACCGAUGGAAGGCGACACUGAGGCGCAGGAGGAGGCUGUAAGGGAGGCGGCGGGUGCUAGUGCGAUGCCGAAGAAGCAGGAUCUAGAGUUCUAGAAGGCGCGCGUCGGCGGUAGUGUGUAGAUGAAGAUACCCUGUAAGGCGGUCAAGCCAUACUUCUUGUGCUGUUUAUUCCGAGUCGCUGUCCUCUCCAAGCAUGUCUUCCAUCUCAAUUUGUUCCCAGCCUGCGCUUCCUGCUCCAGAUCCGAAGCCUCGCGUGUAGUUGCGACCAAAGGAUGCGUUUCGGGGAUUGAAUGUGACACCAGCAAAUCUUGCGCGGAAGCCGUCGCCCAUGCAAGAAGAUGCAGCAAGGAAUGCGAGGAAGAAGAGAAAUGGUAUGAAGAGCAGCAGGCUCAGGAGGAGUAGAACGUUCAUUGUGAGCUUGUGGUGUUGUCGGUGCGGUGGGAAGGCUACGCAGGCACGUGGAACUGUCUAGACCCCUAUGACAUAGUGUCGGCGGCUGGCCAGUCGUUGAACCGAACCCCUGGCCGUCAACAUUGGGGCUACGAC